UAUACAAAAGUAAUAGAAACAUAUGGAUUAACCCAAUUAUUAAAGUGUUGCAGAAUAUAAAGUUUACCUUCAUCAAAAGAACGUAUCUUAUCAAAUUGAAUAAUUCCUGUGCCAAAAAUUGGGCUAGGAGGCAGAGUUGAAUCUGCAAUGCACUUUUUCAAGAAUGCCUAUUACAAUACCAAUUAGACAUCAAAAUGUCGCUAGCAUCAAAUGCAUAUUUGAUCUUGAAUUAUGGCUUGAAUUUUUCGAAAGCAAACUUAAGUAUUUAUUUUUAGUAUUGCUUUACAAGAAAUCAAAAUAAUUUUAGUUGUCCAGGAUGCAAAUAAUAUGUGUAUUUUUCAGAUUUCGGGAUAGACUUCACAUUAUUACACAUAUUGGCAGGAAAAAAGAAAUUAGAACAAGGGGGUUAAAAAUUAAUAGGAGAUAAAAUAAUCUACACAUUUAACAAUGGAAAUAGAGCAUAUUUUGCAAUAUCGAAGGUGGACAGGAAAACAAAAAUCAAAAUACCUGGAUCAUACCCUAUUAUUAGAUUGACAGUUUAAAAUAAUAUUAAUAAUCAAUAACUGAAUCAAAGAUAGCAAGGUAUUCAAGACUAAAUUAAUUAUACUAUUUCUUAAAUUAAGGAUUGCAUCUCUUAGAAAUUAUACUAAGGUAAGCAGAAGGGAAAAUAAAUAAAUUAGAUGAAGUAAGCUUUAAAAGGGAAAAUAGAUUAAUUGAAAUCUGCAUUUAAAUAAUCUCUCAAUCUAAUUGAAUUAGGCGUCUAAUCCUUGGACACUCAGUUUAUUUUUGGAUUCAAGAAACUUCAAAACGAAGGAAAGAAUGUUGGGAGUGUGGUAUGAAUUAUUUAUUAAGUAAAGCUAAUUGUGUAUUAUCCACAUUUGGGAAUUUGGGCAGAUUACGAAAUAAAAACAACACCAGAGUAGCAUUUCUAAUUUGAAUAUCAAUUGUAUGCUAAAGAAUAGAGUUUAGAAAAGGAGAACAUUAUUUACGUAAUAGGAGGAAGAGUUUAAAACUUGGUAGCCACAAAUAUAUUUGUAAGGAUAAAAUUUCCUAAAGAUCCUUUCAAUUAAAAUUAUUAAGCUUCUAUUGAGUAUCUUCCUAAUUUACCAAAUGCUGGAUUCAAUUAUUUGGGAGGAUGUUACAAUAAGUAUUAAUUUGAAAUACAGUAUUAGUAAUGUUUAUAUCUUCUGUGGCUAAAAAAGAUCACCGGAUUAAUCAGGAAUUAUAAUUGAUACAAUUUAUGAUUCUGGAUAUGUUUUUAAAAAUGCUAAAUGGAGUUAAUUAAAUUAGAGAGUUGAGAAAAGAUAUGAUGGUAGUUGUACAAUAAUUAAUCAUUAAAAAUAUGAUAAAUGUCUACUCUUAUACGGAGGAUCUGAAUAAUUGCCUGAUGGAAGAAUGGGGUACAACAUUAAAGAACAACAACAUAUAGUUUAGGUUUUCCAAUUUAAAUAGGAAAAAUUCUUAGGCAAUGGAUUCAGAUUGUAAUUUUCAGACAAGAAUGAGGAUUAGUAUUAAAGAUUUAUGCUCGCAACUCUAGUAUUUGCAGUUCCGUUUGGUACUCAUAGCGAAUUGUUGAUUUCAGGAGACUUUUUGAAAAAAAAUUGGAAAGAAAAUAGGGAAGUGUUCAUCUUUGAUUGGUAAGAUGGGACAAUAAAAAAGAAUUAGUUGCAAAGCUAAGCUCUUGAUUAUUAAUUGCUUUCCCAUAUUAAAAAACCUUACAAUUACUCAGGUGCUGAUUUUUUACAACCUGUUUAAGAUUUUGAAGGAGCCUUUUUAUUUGGAAAUUAUUAUACGAUUCACUAAGAGGAAACAUAUAAAGAUUAAAAGACAAGAGUCUAAAAUUUUCAGCUAUUUGAAUACAACGUAGCUAAUGGACAAGGUAUACUAUUAUUUUUAGUCUUUUAGUUUCAAUUAGACCAUUUGUGCAAAGAGAUAUUUCAAUAUAAUUAGCACUUGAUGCUUUGCAUAAAUUACCAAAUUAAGAAAAUAAAAAAUUAUGAAGCCUAUCUUAUCAAUAUAUUAAAAUAUG